AAGAGGUAUAUAAAAGAGUCGUCAUUCCAACCCUGAAACAGCUCACAGUUCACAACUCACAGCUCCUGGGUCACAUUUCCAGUCAAAAUGGUUAAGAUCGUCUUCUACGAGGACAGAAACUUCCAGGGUCGCUCCUAUGAGUGCAACUCUGAUGCCUCUGACUUGUCUUCAUACUUCAAUCACUGUAAUUCCAUCCGAGUAGAGAAUGGGAACUGGAUCCUGUAUGAACAUCCCAACUACAGAGGACACCAGUACUUUUUGAGGAAGGGAGAAUAUCCUGAUUUCCAGCAAUGGUUGGGAUACAAUGACUCUAUCAGAUCCUGCCGCCUGACCCCACAGCACCGUGGACCCUUCAGAUUAAAUGUCUAUGAAAAAGAAGACUUUAAGGGACAGAUGAUGGAGUUUACUGAAGAUUGUCCUCAUGUUUAUGAGCAGUUCCGCUACAAUGAUAUCCACUCCUGCCAUGUACAUGAUGGAUACUGGAUGUUCUAUGAGGAGCCCAACUACAAAGGACGUCAGUAUUACCUGAGACCUGGAGAGUAUAGAAGAUACACUGACUGGGGAGCUUCUAGCUCUAAAAUUGGUUCUUUUAGACGUGUCCAGCAUCAAUUUUAAACAUAAAAAAACAAAUGUAUCACAGCCUAAAUGUUAAUAAAACUUUACUGUAAUAUAAACUUC